AUGUCCGCCUCUGCCCUCCAUAUCCACCUGGAUCCUAACAUCAACGACUCCGGGUACGUCUGCAUCAACAUCACGAUCAGCAACUCCAACGAGACACCUAUCACCCUUCUGAAUUGGUCCACCCCCCUGGACCCCCAUGCAGACAUUCUAGGCGUCUUUGAGAUGAACGACGAAACCACCAAUAAGGCCGUGCAACUGCCCACCCUCAAGAUCUCUCGACGCCUUGCCCCCUUCAUCGACGAUCUUGUCGAAGUUCCCGGCGCCGGCUGCAUCGAAACCGAGGUCACUAUGCCGCGCCUGGCGCUUACCGAGAACCAUGUCUAUUCUAUACAAGCGAAGGGGAUCUGGCAUGCCCUGUGGGAUGGGCCGAUUGAGAGCGUGACGAGCCACCACUUGGAUAAUCUCUCGCUAGCUGAGACUGGCGAGUUUAAAUCGGAUGUCGGGAUUCUGUUCUUGGAUUAG